AUGGAAGCCAAUUCUUCUUCGUCUUUCAAGAUAAUUUUAGGCUCAGCUUCGGUAGCACGUCGGAAAAUAUUGGCUGAAAUGGGAUACGAAUUCACAGUCAUGACUGCAGACAUUGACGAGAAAUGCAUCAGAAAGGAAAAGCCAGAGGAGUUGGUUUUGGUUCUUGCCCAGGCAAAGGCUGAUGCUAUUAUAUCCAAACAACAAACUAUCAAUAAUCAAGAGAAGGAUGCUGAACCGACUAUUGUGAUUGCAGCAGACACAGCAGAAGCUAAUUCACAAAGGCUCCCAGUUGGUGACUACAUAAAGGAUGACGAACCAACGCUAUUAAUUACUUCUGAUCAAGUGGUGGUCUAUGAAGGUGUGAUCAGGGAAAAACCAUCCAGCAAGGAAGAAGCACGUCAAUUUUUGAAAGACUAUUCUGGAGGACAUGCAGCAACAGUGGGAUCUGUGCAUGUUACAAAUCUUAAAACUGGAUUCAGUAAAGGAGAAUGGGAUCGAGUGGAGAUUUAUUUCCACGAAAUACCAGAUGAAAUCAUUGAGAAGCUGAUUGAGGAGGGCACGGUGCUCAAAGUUGCUGGUGGACUCAUAAUAGAACAUCCUCUAAUUCUUCCCUUUGUUAAAGAAGUGGUAGGGACAACUGAUAGCGUGAUGGGACUUCCCAAAGAUCUCACUGGGAGGCUGCUAAAAGAGGCCAUCUAG